UAUUUUCUCUCGCUCUACCUUAGGUACUUGAGUCGUCCACUAUGACUCAGGGCUUAGAGUCUACACAGUUCUAAUACUAUAACACAUCCAUUCAAUAACUACCUAACUAAGCAAUGAUAAUAUUCAGAAUCACCUUUCAAUAACUUUCAUCGCCUCUUACGAUUUAAUCACAACAACGCAGCAAGAAGAACACCAUCGAACUAAAUAGGGUACUAUUAACAACAUUAUUCGCCUAUUCAUUCAACUGCGACCGUUCUGAGAAGCUCUCAGAACUGGACAAGACAGUGGUGUCUAAAAACACCAUCCCAUCAGCAACCCCCUUAACCACUCAAUAAUCCUAAGGUUUGAACGAGAAAUCAGCAUCGGGUGAUGAGUUCACCACGUCGGCAGCCAAGAUGAUCUUCUGGGAUCGUCGAGCGACGGAUAACUUCCUCGAUCUUAUCAGGCAAGAUAAGAUCGAUAUUGGAGGGCUUAAACCUCUAGUAAAAAUGCACCGGAUCCGCGUGGCACCACAGCCAGAGUCCGCCUGCAGCCGAGUCCUAGUUAUCUGGGACUCGCCUCAAGUAGUCGAUAUGGAGGUUUUGGAGCCCCUCUUCCACUCCGAGAUCGAAUUCCAGAUCGACGACAUUGAGCAGUGGAUGUGGCGCGGCGAGCGGAGGCUCGAGAUCCGCUUCGGCUCGUAUAGAGCCCAGGCUGCCCGCGCAGAGCAGAUGCUAGAUUACAACAGCUGUCAGAGAGCUAAACCUGGAGAGAUUCGGUAAGUGAUGUCCUCGCCCAUAAUGUAUCACGUUGCUACUUCAUAUUUAACUCGAGUCAAUUUUACAGAUCAUACAGCACUACCUGUCGAAAAGACCGUUGACAGCUGAUUUCAGCACGACGAAGCAUCACUCGAAGAAGACGAAGAAGACGAGGAAGACGAGGAAUACACGAGGAUUCAGGAAGCUCCAGAGGCUUCAAGAAUAGUACCAUGACAACAAGGACGUUCCUAUUAACCAGGCCACGUCUAGGCGCUGAUGUUUAUUUAUGGUGUAAGGGUAGCUUAACACUCUGGAGCAUGCCAAAUUAUGUAAACAAUUAAGAAAAUACUCAGCGCCUAGCUAAGCUUAGUACCCGCAAGUUCUAUUGCUUCAUAGAUAGGAAAUAGCUUGUGUCCACGCCAAUGAAUAUCGUAAAGAGUAUUUAAGAUAUAGUAGUUAGACCUCAAAGCCAAAUAUACGUAUAUGAAUAUCAGCUUGUAGCUCUUUCGUUAGCUUGAAUCCGGCGUUUCCCGCUUGGGGCCCCUGCUAUUUUCUUCCCAAGUAGUAGGUAGGUAAGAGGUAGGCAGCCAGCUUAUACAGCUACUCAACUCUCUCUCUCCGUUACAGUAA